GAGUCUUCUUGGUGGAAACAAACCUGCAAUCGCCAUAUUGAAUUGCACUGUCAUUCGCACCGUUUAGUUAAAUAAACUGAAUUAAAAAAGGAUUGGAAAGCAAUUAAGUUUCGUUAAUUUAUUACAGUGGUGCGAGGUGUCCAUAAAUUGAAAACCAUUUGUUUGGAGGAAGUUCGUGGUCACUGUCAAGAAAUUGUCCAGUAUAAAUUAUAAACUCACAAAAACAAAAUUAAAUCAACUAUGGCAAGUGGUGCGUUAUUCAGCAAUAAUGUCGUACGUGGGGCAAGCAAGAAUUUAGUCGAAUUUAAGGCUGGAAAAAUGAAUAUGAAAGGAAAAAUGGUGUAUCCUGAUACAAGAAAAGGUCUACUUUAUGUAUAUCAAUCAGAAGAUUCACUAAUGCAUUUUUGUUGGAAAGAUCGUACCUCAGGAAUUAUUGAAGAUGAUCUCAUUAUUUUUCCCGAUGACUGUGAGUUCAAAUUAGUUUCCCAAUGUAAAACUGGCCGUGUUUAUCUCCUUCGUUUUAAAUUAUCAAGCAAAAAAUUUUUCUUCUGGCUUCAGGAUGUUAAAACUGACAAAGAUGAAGAAAACUGCAAAAAAAUCAACGAAGUUCUAAAUCAUCCUCCUACACCUGGUUCUCAAAGAUCCGGUGCUCAAAAUCCCGAAGGUGAUCUUCAAAAUCUUUUGAACAAUAUGUCGCAACAACAACUAAUGCAACUCUUUGGUGGAGUUGGUCAAAUGGGAUUGGGAAAUCUUUUAGGAACUAUGAGAGAAAGACCUAAUACAAGAGCUAGUACAACUUCAUCGAGCUCAACAAGACCACCAACUGCCCAAACUCCAGCUCUUGAAACCGAUUCAGACUUACCAAGACCAUCAGUAGGAGGAACACCUAAAAAUUCAACGUCAAUACCACCUACUAACAUCGCACCUCUCGAUAACAAUGCCGGUCGUCCAAAUAGUGAUCCAAAUCUUUUUGAUCUUCAAAGGCAUCUUUGGAAUAUUGCCACACCUGCCGGCCUUGACUCAGCAGCUGUUCAGAGAAACGUAGCAACUGAGCUGACAAAUACUAUGUCAUCAGCUAUCUCGGCAACGGAUAACUUGGAAUCGACAAUGACCACGUACUUGCCACCCGGAGACACCUUGUCUACCACGCUAUCAUCCCCACAGUUCUCCCAGGCACUAUCAAUGUUCUGGUCUGCUUUGCAGUCGGGCCAAGCUGGUCCAGUUGUACGUCAAUUUGGUUUGGGAUCUGAUGCAAUCAGUGCUGCUGCAACUGGCAAUCUUGAGGAAUUUGUAACUGCACUGGAGAGUGAGAUCCAGGUUUCAAGUAAUGUAGCUGAUCAAUCUAAUGAUGAUGACAAAAGUAAGACCGGAAAAACGGGCAGCCAAGACAAUUCAGCUGCUGGCAAAAAAAAUGAUGAAGAUGAUGAAAUGGCACUCGAUUAAAGUGCGUCAUUGAGUAUCUAUUGUUUCCGUAUAUAUUUUUUUUUUCUUGAUUUUAGUUACGUAAGCAAUAGUUUUUUCUUUGUCCUGAAUUGAUGGAAUAAUAUUUUUCACGGUGUGUAACAAGAUAAGUGCCCAAUCUUUCAUUGAAUAAACAAAAAAUAAUAUAAUAAAUGAUUCGAAUUUUUAUUUACAUUUCUCAAUAUAAAAUUGUUUUUUUUUUUUUUUUUAAUUUUGUUGAAAUUUUUUAUCAUAAAAUGAAAAAAAAAAAAAAAUUUAUGUUUCCAUAAAAUUAAUUUUCUCUAAAAAAAACCUCAAUAGAGAUGGGCAUAACUUGAAGAGCCAUUCAUGCCCUGAUUUAGUAACACCACGACUACAAAUGUAGUCAAAACGGCUGUGACUACGAGUGACUACAAGCAGUUGAUGACUACCAAUAACUACAGUUGAAAGACUUGUGACUAUACAUAUGACUACAUUUCUAAUACACUUCAGCUCAAUCGAAAGAAUUUGAUGGAAAUAAUAAUAAUUACCCGUAACGAAUUAAUAAAUAAUUGCUGUUAUUGAAAAAAUAUUUAAAAAUGUACAUGGUUAUACGCCCACCAAAAAUACGACUGGCGACAACCGACUACGAUCUACUACGCAUGACUACUUAAAUUGACUUCGAAAAUCGUAGUCAAUAAUUUUCUGUGACUACGUUGACCACCCUUGAUUACACCAUGACUACAACUUGACUACGAGCUGAAUGACGAGCCAUGACUACGUUUACGAAUAGCCCCUCGGCAUAACUUGAAUUUUCGAAAAAUCGGUAGAACUACACAUCUAAUCAUGCCACUAAAAAUUUUCCCGUGCCUGCUUGCAUCUAAAUUUCAUCAUAGUUUGUAUUUCGGUUCAUGAAUAAAAAAGUUACGCCAUUAUUUAUUAAGGUUUUCAUUAAAAAAAUCGAUAUCCCGGCAAACCGGUAGAACUAUACAAAUUGUCCCGUGCCUGGCUGCACCCGAACUAAAUCGUAGAAUCUUUUGGUUUCGAUAAAGAUUCUACGAAAGUUAUGUGAUUUUCACUCAUUUUAGAGUAAAAAACAAAGUAAAAAAAAAAAACAU